AUGCUGGCAGUUUUCAGUGUUGCGCACUAUGGAGGUAGUGGAGGAGGAGGGGGUGGCGGCGGCGAUGGUGGCGGUGGCAGUGGAUGUGGAAUUGGAGGCGGUGGAAGUGGUAGUGGAAGGAGGAAAAGGAGAGGAAACAUACAUGCGGUAGAAGAAGAGGUAGUGGUGGCGGAGGUGCUGACAGUGGUGGUGGUGGCUGAAAUGGUGGAGGCCAUGGUUGGGGAAGUGGGAGUGGUGGUAGUGGUGGUGGCGGCGGCGGUAAUGGAGGAGGAGGAGGUAGUGGUGGUGGAGGGGGUGAAGGAGAAGGUUGGGGAUGGGGAGGUGGAGGUGGAGGUGGAGGAGGAAGAAACCAAGGUGGGUGUUGGGGAUGGGGAUGUGGUGGAAAUUAUCCUCCACCAAGUAAAUGAGCCCUAA